GUGGCACUGUCACAGGUCUCAGGAGGGGCAUUCCUGACCGGUCUGUGGGUAGCAUCAGUGAGCAGAGCUGUGCCCAAAGCUCUCAGCCGAGCCCAGGCACCUGGCCAGGGGUGGAGCAUGGAUGGCACAGGCUCUGGGCAGCGAGGGUGGGGCACCUGGAGGUGUCACAGUGAGGAGGAGGUGGUGACAGAGCAGUGCCCGGUGGCCUUAGCCCCAUGGCCUGUUUUCCCAUGCUCAGGCUGCUGGCACAGGGAGCUGGCAGCAGGCUUGGCAGCGUCCUGGCAGGUUCUCCUGCCAAGCACAGCACGGAAACAGGAGCGAUCCUGGAUAAUGCUCCGGGGGGUUGUUAGCGGUUCACAGCUUCCCCGUGGUCUGGAGAGCUGCCGGAGACCAUCAGUGCACAGGUCCUUGCUGUUCCUCUUUGCUUCCCAGGCAAAAGAGAGCUGGGUGUGCUGCUGGGAGGCACUGUGGGGGGCUGUGUGGGCUCUGCACCCCGUGGUGAUGUGUCAGGAUCAUCCUGUGUGCAGGUACGACGCAGGGAAGGACGGCUUCAUUGAUCUGAUGGAGCUGAAGCUGAUGAUGGAGAAACUGGGGGCUCCACAGACGCACCUGGGACUGAAGAACAUGAUCAAGGAGGUGGAUGAAGACCUGGACAGCAAGCUCAGCUUUCGAGAGUUCCUGCUGAUUUUCCGGAAGGCAGCAGCGGGUGAGCUGCAGGAGGACAGUGGGCUGCACGCCCUGGCCCGGCUCUCCGAGAUCGAUGUCUCCACAGAGGGGGUGAAAGGCGCCAAGAACUUCUUUGAGGCCAAGGCACAAGCCAUCAACGAAGCCAGCAGGUUCGAGGAGGAGAUCAAGGCAGAGCAGGAGGAGAAGAAGAAGCAGGCAGAGGAGCUGAAGCAGAGGAAGGCAGCCUUCAAGGAGCUGCAGUCCACCUUCACGCAGUGACAGGGCCGGGCAGGACUGGCCAGCGGUGCCCAGACUGGCAGCGCUGCCCGUGCCAGCCGUGCCGGGA